AUGAAUCGCGUGCCGUCUUCCGCUUUUGAACAUUAUCUCGGACUUUAUCAGCAAGCUCUAUACCCCGUCUGGCCCGUUGUCAACAUAGAUACUCUCCUCAACCGUCUCCGGGACUCCACCGACAUUGAAGCGUAUGCACUCGCCGCAGCAGUCAGUGCAGUUACAAUAGCACAACUCAAGCCUGCAUCUCAUGAGGCACUUGGCCGGUUUGGAGGCGAUGAUGGCGCAUUCAUGGCUGCCGAGGCCUCGAGAGCGAGGCACGAAAUGGAUUACUUGGAACAUCCAUCCAUCAGCGUCUUACUAUCAUCAUUCUUCUUACACGUAUCAUACGCAAACCGCGGCCAUAUUCGCAAGGGAGCCAUGCUACUACGCGAAGCAAUCACGUUUGCGCAGAUGCUGAGCCUCGAUAAGGCGAUUCAUUAUGCAAAUCUACCUAAACUCGAGGCUCAGCGGCAUUUGCGCACAAUCUGGCUACUAUUUGUAACGGAAAGGAUACUACAGCUUGAUCCUGAUCUACCUGAACUCGAAGUGGACGAGAAUCCCCCGAUCCUAUUCGCCUUCAUCAGUUUGAGCAAACUCUUCCAAAGCUUUGCCAACGCCAUGGAUGGUGAUGGUUCUUCUCAAACACACGAGUAUUUUGCCUCCAUGCAUGAUCGCCUAAGGGGAGUUCAGCAAGCUUCGUGGAAUUGCUCCGACCUGCAGAGAGCAGAUUUUCUCCUGACGCAACAGUGGAUGCGAGUCGUUUUGUGGAAAACAUCCAUGUAUUACAUCAAUCUGCUGCCCAAUGCGGCAGAUGAAGGUCUCAGCCUGUCUUUUCCAGAUCGGAUCGCGCGAAAUGUGGUUCAGAACAUUGAUAGGUUUCCUCGAUCUGUCAUUGAAGCACAUGGCCUCGGGAUGGAAAUGAAGUUGUUUGAAGUGGCAAUGUCACUGGCAGACAUCCUGCUAUGUCUGCCUUCGACAUUUCAGGGCAAGCAGCUGAUGAAUGUUGGUCCACGGGAUGUUUUGAACCGCCUUUCUGAGUUUCUGACCUGUUUCCGUGGCGGUGGCGAUAAUAUCAAGCUCCAAAUUCUGCAUGAUAAGAUGCAAGAAAUUUCGAGCAGCAUUGCUCGGCAGCCUCGCCUUCUCGAGGACGAACAGGAGCAAGAGCAAGACCAAGAAGUUAACUGCCUCGACUGGACAUGA